CUGUUCCUCCCCAGGAGCUGCGCUGGGUCCAGACGGUGCCGGCCCCAGCCCCAGGAGGACGCCAGUGCCAGCAGCAGCCCCACAGCAGCGACCCCACAGCACAGCCUCCUCGUGCCGGCGCGGUGCCAUGGGCUUCGGGCCGGAGCUGUGGUGCCCGCAGGGGCACAGCGCGCUGCUGCGGCUGCAGGACGGUGAGCUGCGCCUGCUCGAGCUGAUGAAGAAGUGGAUGUCGCAGCGCGCCAAGAGCGACCGGGAGUACGCGGGGAUGCUGCACCACAUGUUCUCCCAGGUGGAGAAGCAGGAGGGCACGGGGCAGCUCCGUGAGCACGGCGGCCGCAUCGGCGAGUCCUGGUCGGUGCUGGCGAGCCGGACAGAGACACUGAGCCACAUCCUGCGGCGGCACGCGGAGGAGCUGGUGGCGGGGCCGCUGGCCAAGCUGAGCCUGCUGAUCCGCGACAAGCAGCAUCUCCGCAAGGCCUUCAGCGAGCACUGGCAGCAGCUGAGCCAGGAGUACACCCGGACCACGCAGCAGGAGAUGGAGAAGCUGAAGGCACAGUACCGCAGCCUGGCACGUGACAGCGCCCAGGCCAAGCGCAAGUACCAAGAGGCCAGCAAAGACAAGGAGCGGGACAAGGCAAAGGAGAAGUAUGUGCGCAGCCUCUGGAAGCUCCACGCGCUGCACAACCAGUACGUGUUGGCCGUGCAGGCAGCUGUGCUCCACCACCACCACCACUACCAGCGGGCACUGCCCAGCCUCCACCAAUCCCUCUACAGCCUGCAGCAGGAGAUGGUCCUUGUUCUGAAGGAGAUCCUCAGGGAGUACUACAGCAUCAGCAGCCUGGUGCAGGAGGAUGUGCUGGCCACACACCAGGAAAUGGUUGAUGCCAUCCAGGCCAUCGACUCUGCCACAGAGUACAGCGGCUUCAUCCAGAGCCACAGGUACAGCCCUGAGGUGCCGCCAGCCGUGUCCUUUGAUGAGAGCUUGCUGGAGGAGACAGAGGGCCUGGUGCCAGGGGAGCUGCAGCUGAAUGAACUGACCAUCGAGAGUGUACAGCAUGUCCUGACAUCGGUUGAGGAGGAGCUGGCGGCUGCCACGGAGGCCGUGAGGAGCAAGGAGCAGCGGGUGCAGGAGCUGCAGGCAGAGAUCCGGGGCGAGGAGCAGGGCCGGAGCCCUGGGGAGCGGGUGCACUUGCUGGGCAGGCGGCAGGGGCUGCAGGAGGCACAGCAGCAGCUCGAGGGCUGCAUCUGCACCCAGGCCAAGCUGCAGGCGCAGCGGGAGCUGCUGGAUGGGAAGCUGUCGGUGCUGGGCGCUGGCGAGCCGCUGCCCGCCCUGCCUCUGCAGGAGGACCGGCACUCUACCUCCUCCACGGAGCAGGAGCGCAGCGGGGCCACCGCGCUGGAGACCCUCAAGAACCACAUCUCGGGCAUCUUCAGCCCCAAGUUCUCGCUGCCGCCCCCCGUGCCCCUGAUCCCCGAGGUGCAGAAGCCACUGUGCCAGCAGGUCUGGUACCACGGGGCCAUCCCACGCACCGAGGUGCAGGAGCUGCUGAGCAGCAGCGGUGACUUCCUGGUGCGGGAGAGCCAGGGGAAGCAGGAGUACGUGCUGAGCGUGCUGUGGGACGGGCAGCCCCGGCACUUCAUCAUCCAAGCUGCUGACAACAUGUACCGGCUGGAGGGGGAGGGCUUCCCCACCAUCCCGCUGCUCAUCCAGCACCUCCUGCAGAGCCAGCAGCCCAUCACCCGCAAGAGUGGGAUCGUCCUGGCCAGGGCUGUGCCCAAGGACAAAUGGGUGCUGAACCAUGAGGAUGUGCUGCUGGGGGAGCGCAUCGGGCGGGGUAACUUCGGGGAGGUGUUCAGUGGCCGCCUGCGUGCUGACAACACCCCCGUCGCGGUGAAGUCGUGCCGGGAAGCCCUCCCACCCGAACUCAAGGCCAAGUUCCUGCAGGAAGCCAGGAUUCUCAAGCAGUACAACCACCCAAACAUUGUCCGGCUCAUCGGUGUCUGCACGCAGAAGCAGCCCAUUUACAUUGUGAUGGAGCUGGUGCAGGGGGGCGACUUCCUCAGCUUCCUCCGCAGUGAGGGGCCCCAGCUGCGCGUGAAGGAGCUGCUCAAGAUGAUGGAGAACGCAGCGGCUGGCAUGGAGUACCUGGAGAGCAAGCACUGCAUCCACAGGGACCUGGCCGCUCGCAACUGCCUGGUGACAGAGAAGAACACCCUGAAGAUCAGUGACUUUGGGAUGUCGCGGGAGGAGGAGGAUGGCAUCUACGCCUCCACAGGGGGAAUGAAGCAGAUCCCUGUCAAGUGGACAGCCCCUGAAGCACUCAACUAUGGCCGAUACAGCUCCGAGAGCGAUGUCUGGAGCUUUGGGAUACUGCUGUGGGAAACGUUCAGCCUGGGCGCCGUCCCCUACGCCAACCUCAGCAACCAGCAGACACGAGAGGCGGUGGAGCAGGGCGUGCGGCUGGAGCCCCCGGAGCAGUGUCCCGAGGACGUGUACCGGCUGAUGCAGCGCUGCUGGGAGUACGACCCCCGCAAGAGGCCCGGCUUCGGUGCCAUCCACCAGGAGCUCAUCGCCCUCCGCAAGCGGCACCGGUGACGGGUGGCCCCAGCAGCGCCCGGCCCUCGGGCUGCGCCCGCUCCCAGCCCCGGCCCGGGCCGCAGCUCCCGCCGGGCUGCACGCUGUGUAAUAAAGGCACGAGCUCUGCAA